UCCCGGUUUGAUUCUGCCAUUUCAACUCCACCUGCAAACCCCACGGAGCGAGCAGCGGGACGGCGUCCGGAAACACCCGAAGAUGACUGAUACGGCUAUCUCCUUCGCUAAGGACUUCCUCGCCGGCGGCAUCGCCGCUGCCAUCUCCAAAACAGCCGUAGCCCCCAUUGAGAGAGUGAAACUUCUCCUCCAGGUGCAACAUGCCAGCAAACAGAUCACAGCCGACAAGCAGUACAAAGGCAUCGUGGACUGCGUUGUCCGCAUCCCCAAAGAGCAGGGCUUCCUUUCCUUCUGGAGAGGCAACUUGGCCAAUGUCAUCAGAUACUUUCCCACACAAGCCCUCAACUUUGCUUUCAAGGACAAGUACAAGAAGAUUUUCCUGGACGGCGUAGACAAGCGCACGCAGUUCUGGAGAUACUUUGCAGGUAACCUGGCGUCCGGCGGCGCAGCGGGGGCCACAUCGCUCUGUUUUGUCUACCCACUCGACUUUGCCAGGACGCGUCUCGCUGCCGACGUGGGCAAAGCAGGGCAGGAACGCGAGUUCAAGGGCCUGGGUGACUGCUUGGUGAAGAUCUUCAAGUCUGAUGGCCUCAAAGGUCUGUACCAGGGCUUCAACGUCUCAGUGCAGGGCAUUAUCAUCUACAGAGCAGCCUACUUUGGCGUCUACGACACAGCAAAGGGCAUGCUCCCAGAUCCCAAGAACACACACAUUGUUGUGAGCUGGAUGAUCGCUCAGUCUGUAACCGCCGUCGCCGGUCUCGUGUCCUACCCCUUCGAUACCGUCCGUCGUCGUAUGAUGAUGCAGUCUGGACGCAAAGGAGCUGAUAUUAUGUACACCGGCACCCUGGACUGCUGGAGGAAGAUCGCACGUGAUGAAGGCAGCAAGGCCUUCUUCAAAGGAGCCUGGUCCAAUGUGCUCAGAGGCAUGGGCGGAGCCUUCGUGCUCGUCUUGUAUGACGAGCUUAAGAAAGUCAUCUAAGUUGGUUGUGUCUCUCCAUUGUUCAUGUUAAAUUUAUCUGUAACAUAUCUUGUACAUUUGGAAGGACUUAAAUACCUGAGCUAUAUAUGUUUAUAGGGGACCAACUAGUAUUUUUUUACUAGUUGUACCAGGGGAAUGUGUUAUGCACGCGUUUUUUUUUUUUUUUGUUGGCCCAUUCUUUUCCUUUUUCUUUUUUUGGUUUGCCCCUCACGAGAAUUUCAUUCCCUGACUGCAAGAUCUUUGCCAGAAUAUGAGAAAUAAAGGCAACCUACUGCGUGUACCUCCUA